AUGAAAAGAACUCUGGAAGAGAUGGAGAAUGAGGCACCUUCUGAUGACAAAAUAAUGCCCCUUGAUGAUCCCAAACCAGCUUCGGUUGAGCCGAACUCUCCUCACCAUGAUCCAAAAUCACCUUCUGGUGAGCCAAAAUUGCCUGAUGAGGAUCCAGAGUCAUCUUCUGGUGAGCCAAGAUUGCCUGAUGAGGAUCCAGAGUCAUCUUCUGGUGAAAGAAAGAGGAGUUUUGAUGAAUCAUUGGUGGAAGCUCAAUUGGCUAUUGAAGAGGAACUUAAGAAAGCUGGAGAAAAUGCAGCCUCUCUAAUUGCUGAAAGCGAGUCUAAAACAGCUACUGCAGCAGAGGAAGUCCAGGAGAAUGAAAGAAUCCAAAAAUUGUGUGAAGAAAAUGAUGUAGUCCUACAGUUUGCAGAAGCUCUUCUGAAGCAGGUACAAGAAAGUGAUACCAAAUCCGUUCGCUGGAAGUGA